GUAUAAAUGGUGGUCGAUAUUUUCCUGAGCGCGGGCUUCCAGAAAAUUUGAGAUCGUUCAUAACCCUCAAAAUGAUCUGUCAGAAUACUCAGGAUGAAUCUCCCGUGUAAUACAUAUCGCGUCAUUUAAUACUAAUUAAAAAGUGAAAUAAAAUUUUUGAGUGCUCUGGGAGCUUAAAACUCUCGUUUACAAUGGACCCCAGUGAAUUCCCCGAUUCAGAUGAAGAAUAUGAUCUUAUACCAACUGACGUAUACAAAGCUUCGAAGCUUUCAAGUGGACUCCCACAACCUCCAGCGCAAACAAAUGGAUCGAGUGCCCCCAUCUCCUCACUCUCCGAUUUUCCAGACGAUGAUUUCCCCACCGAGGAAGAGCUCGAUUCCCUUCAGGAGUCGUUCCUCACAUCUCCAGCAGAGACAACCGCAAAACCUCCUCCAGAGAAGGCGAAGAAACGGACCUUCGACGAGCUCCGAAAGGACGUAGCAGAACUCCUCAAGGAUUGUUCAUCUACAUCUACCUUAGACCUGGAGGAUGAAGACCAGUUUGAUAGCGGCAGAGAGGACAAAAGGCCCCGCUGGAACCAGCCCGAAGAGCUGAUCGAGGCCUUUCGCCAAGAGACCAUAAGAAAACGUCUCGUUCAAGAGGGAAAGGACCCCCAGGCAAUGAAGAUGCCCCAAAGAUCGACCCCAAGAGAAACGAUAUCCUUGAAAAUCCCCUCCUGGAAUUUCGUGGCCCUGACGCGACCCACAGACUCUCAGAGAAUUUAUGUUCGACUGCGGCCAAAAAAUCCCUCCGAAUUUGUGAAAGUGACGCCGACGUCAGGCCUCCUUAAUGUCAAUUACGAAAAUCUGAAGGAAGAGGCGGAGAAAAUUCUGGUUGAGAAGGCGAAGAAGGAGAGUCUUCCUCUGCCGCAAGUUCAGGAGGUCUCGGACUCAGUAGAUGAUGAACUGUGGGUCGACAAAUACCGUCCCAGGUCGUACAUGGAACUAUUAUCUGAUGAAACCGUCAACCGUGCCUUCUUACAUUGGAUCAAACUCUGGGACAAAAUCGUAUUCGGUCGUGAACCAGUCAAGAAGCACGUGCAUAAAAAGCCUGUGGAGAAGACUGGAUGGAAGAAGUUCGGAAAGAAGGAGGAGGUCGAGCUCGUGGACAAGAGGGGCUUCCCGGUGCACAAGAUAGCACUGUUGAGUGGUCCCCCGGGUCUCGGAAAAACAACUUUGGCUCAUCUGCUGGCGAAACAUGCGGGUUAUAAUGUCGUGGAAAUCAAUGCUAGUGAUGAGAGGGGUCCAGACGCUUUCAGACAAGCGUUGUUCUCUUCAACUCAGAUGAAAUCACUGAUGGGUGCAAAUCCAAGGCCUAACUGUCUUGUUCUAGAUGAAAUUGAUGGGGCUCCAGCAGCGUCGAUCGAGCUCCUCCUCAAGUUUGUUCAAGGGAAGUUAACUGCCAAAGGGAGGAAGUCGAAAGAAUCUUCUGCCAAGGACAAUGAGUACUGCAAGAGACCUGUGAUUUGCAUUUGCAAUGAAGCUUACACCCCUACAUUGAGAUCUCUUCGGCAAAUGGCGUACAUAAUAAACGUCCCUAAGGUCUCCCCAGCGAAUCUAGCAGACCGUCUGGCCACAAUAGCCCGCCGUGAGCACGUGAAAGUCGACCAAGGCACGUUAAUCCAACUGGUAGAGAGAUCCGGCUGUGACAUUAGAGCCUGUCUGGGUGCCCUGCAGUAUCUGGGCGCAGACUGUGGCAAGGAAAACCACAGUCUAGGAGACAAGGACAUGAAGAAGACGAUCUUCGAGGCUUGGAGAGAGAUCCUGAAGGUUCCCAUGGACAGAGCCGGACCUCUGACCCCAAGAAUACGAGCCCAAAGAAUCCUCGAAGUAUCUUACAGUGAGAACUCAGAGCGGUUAACUCAGGGAAUUUUUGAAAACUAUCCGCCAAACUGCCAUGAGAACCUGAGCAAAGUAUCGACAUCCUUGGAAUGGUUCCAAUUGUUCGACACGAUCACGACACUCAUCAACACGAAACAGAAUUGGACAGUGGCACCGUAUUCUGGCUACUGCUUUGUCGCCUGGCACUUCGGUUUUGCUGGGACAGUUAAUCCUAAAUUAUCAUAUCCCCAUGUAGCUGGAGAUGUCUGGCAGAAGAUCACCAAGACAAUGGGGAUAUUAUCAGUGGCUAGGAAAUCACGCGGCCAAGACACUACGACAAUUGUCCUGGAUACUACGCCCUUUCUGUUUGAAAUUCUCAAUCCAAAGUUGAGAUCGGUGGCAAGCAAUCUUUACUCUACGAAAGAAAAAGGUGAUCUUGAGAGAUUGAUAGAUGUUAUGCUUGAUCUGGGUAUCUCCUUUGUUCAAGAGAAGAGCGAGGAUGGAGCUGUCGAUUACAAGAUUGAACCCGAUCUUUUUGAGGUGGGAAUUUUCCCUGAUUGCAAGGCUCGAAGGGGACUAUCGUAUGCUGUUAAGCAGAUCGUGGCGCAGGAACUUGAGAUGGAAAGACUGAGGAGAGCUGCUGUUACUUGGGGUAGUUCGAAUGACACUGAGGAGUUCAAGGAUGCUGAAAAAGCUGUGGCACAACCUGAACCGAUACCGUCUGCCAGCGCAUUUAGGCCGAAUCAUCUGAACGAGAUGCAGAGGAUUGUUACUCCUAAAGCGACGAAGUUUAGGAACUUUUUUGAAGCAUUUAAGAAACCUGUGGUGAAGAGCAAUGUUGAAACUUCACCAAAGGAUGAAAAACCUGGGAAGAAGUACAGGAAUUUAAUUGCUAAGUACGGGGUUUGGUAUAAAUAUAAAGAGGGAUUCAGUAAUUCCAUUCGACGUAAAGUGUCGUUGGAAGAUAUUUUGUGAAAACAUUUUUUUUCGUGAUGUGGACAAUGUAAUUAUACUAAUAGUUCAGUUUGAUAAAUGUUCUUUUUAUUUAUUCAGAUAGGUUUGUGAAGGAUUGAUCGAGAGAAUUGUAUAUUUUAAGAAUAAAGACUAUCAUUGCGGAUAAUAAACUUUCGAAUAAAAAAGAUUGAGGUUUGUUUCAUUAGUAGCGAAUAAAAAUGUACUCAUUGAAAUCGGUCAUUAUAUUUUUUAUUCUUUCUACAAAAAAAAGUUAUAAAGAAAUCAAGUCAUCUAUUCAAUAACAAGGGAAGUCAGUUUUGUAUGAUAGAUUCAUCACAAAAAAAGAAUAAAAACUUCUGGAAAGAUAUGAC